UCGUUUUCUUGGCCACCCGUUUUCACUCACGACCGUAAUGAACGACAUGAUUGCGAGCAGAAAUCUCUGGCUGGCCGCAGGGCUGUCCAUCCCCAUUAUUCUCUCCAUCCGGCGCAGCCUCAACCGUUUCCACCGCUCAUCCAGUGUUCCCGAAAACUACGAACGGGUCCUCGUCCUCGGCGCGUCCAGCGGGAUUGGCAGGGCCAUUGCACACAUAUAUGCGUCAAGAGGAGCUAGGGUUUGCGUAGUGGCGCGACGCGAGGCAGAGCUGGAGACGGUUGCUGAGGAGUGCAGGGCAUUGUCGACCACGGCGGGACAUGGGGAGUAUCAGGCUGGAGGCAAGAGGGUGAUCCAUGUGGUUGCAGAUUUUGCAGAGGUAGAUGAUAUGGUAAAGGUACGGACAGCUUUGGAAACUGAAUGGAGAGGGCUCGAUACCCUGAUUGUUGCUGCGGGAGUUUCGGCACUGAAACCGUUAUUGGAAGUUGCUGGGGUAGAGAAGAAGGGGAAGACCUUUACGCCUCCGGCAGCCGAUGAAGUAGGACUUCAGAAGACCGUCGAAGUCACCGCAGCAGCCAUGAAGGGCAACUACAUCGGCCCACUAGUAGCAGCCGUAUCCCUGAUUCCUCUACUCUCAACAACAUCUCCCUCGCCCUCAAUCCUCCUGCUUUCCUCCCUCGCAUCCGUUAUCCCCGCACCCACACGCACCCUGUACGGCUCUACCAAAUCCGCCUCCCUCAUGCUCUACCAAUCCCUCUCCAUCGAACACCCCUCAAUCCACUUCUCCUUCGUCCUGCCCUCCACCGUCGAGGGCAAUUUCCGCGCGUCCGCCGUGGACGGCGGCGAAGCGCGCGAGGCCGACCCGAACACCACGGGGCUCAAGCGAGAGGUCGUUGCGCGGCGGUGCGUGAAGGCGGUCGACGAGGGCGACGGGAUGGUGUUCCUGCCCUGGCUGAUGGGUUGGUCGCAGCUGGUGUACUGGGCGUGCCCGGACUUCGUGAAGUGGAGGGCCAUGAAGAAGUAUAACUUCAAUGUGGAUGAGGCGAAGAGCGAUGCGCCGUUGUUCUGAUUUUGAGUAUACCAUCUAUUCGCCCUGAUAUGCUGAUUUAUGCACAUUUAUGUAUAUCCUUUCCUCUCUCGUGACCGACGUCGCCAGGUUGACAGUGAGGGCAUCCAAGCUGCGGCUUUGGACCCGAGUAGGAAGACACAGCGUAUAGCCAACGGGAUAAGAUGC